GACAAGAUGGUCAAAAAACAAAUUUUGAAGAAAAGACAGGCCACUGAGAUCCAGCCUCUUGCAGGUCAAGAGGUUACUAUCAGGCUAUUGGGAAUGCUGGACGAUGGCACAGUUGUUGAAAAGGACCCCAAGUUGAGCUUCAUCAUUGGAGAGGGAGAUGUAAACCUGGCAUUGGAGCUGUGUGCCAGCACGAUGCUGCUUGGUGAGAUCAUCUUACUCUCUACAUCAGCACAAUAUGCCUAUGGCCAGCAAGGACGGGACCCUGACAUUCCACCUGAUGCCUCCCUCCUCUACCAACUCCAGCUUCUUGAGAUUAGAGAUGCCCCUGAUGUCCAGACUUUAUCUGCUUCAGACUGUAUCCGGAUUGGCAACCAAAAGCGAGAAAGGGGCAACUAUUAUUUCCAAAGAGAGGAAUACAGCCAAGCCUUGAAAUCUUACAGCAACGCUCUGAAGGUUCUGUCGUCACCUUCAACAGACAAUUCCUCACCAGAGGUUGAGGAACUGAAGGAAGGAAAGGUAAAGUGUUUAAAUAACAUGGCCACCACUCACCUGAAGCUGGCCAGAAAUUCAGAUGCAUUGACCUGCAGCCAAACAGUCUUGGAACUUGAUCCUGAUAAUGUCAAGGCCCUCUUCAGAAUGGGGAAGAUUCUAUCAGAAAAAGGGGAAGAUCAGGAAGCCAUGGAAGCACUUAAGAAAGCCUUAAAGCUUGAACCUUCAACAAAGGCCAUACAUGUUGAACUCUCAAAACUGGUAAAAAAGCGGGAUGGCACCAUGGAGGUAGCAAACCAGAAGCCUAAGCCUCCUCAGGCCGUGGACAAAAGUCUCAAUCCUUUCAUUAAACCUACAAGGAGACGAUCUGGGGGGAUUCAAUGGAAAUUGCUUUUAGGAGCCGCUGCAGUGGCUCUUGGAAGCCUGGUGGCAUCUAUGAUUCUGGGCACAAGGAGCUAAUGAGCUUUUAUAGGAUGAAGAUAACACCUAUGUGAGAAGAGGACUGGGAUGGACCAGAAUUCACCUUGGCUGUAUGAAGAAUGCAUGGACCUCAUUUUUCCAUUGUAAAAUUAGCCAAGAGAUAAAAAAAUAAAACGAGAUAGAAUGUA